AUGAACUCUCUACGCUCUGCGAAUGGUGUCCCACCUGCAAGGCCUUUGGCUAGGCGAUCGAGUUCAUCCCAGACAACCCCAACAUCUCCAGCAAACCGGAUGCCCUCGGAGGAGAAGCCCCCCACGACAGCGGAAAGUAUCGCUAGCGAUUACUUUGCGGCUGAACUUUCUGUACAUCAUGGCCCCAUCGCUACUUUGCCUACAGACACCGUCGUCGUUCUUAAUGAUGCUGUAUACGGACAUCGCUUUUCGCGCCCCCGAACUUCCCGGAAUGCUUUAAGCACCAUUGUUGAACGCCCCGAACGUAUCAAGGCUGCUAUCCUAGGCAUAUCCGCAGCAUAUGUACGGCUGGGGGGUCGACAUUGUCAGGGUCACUUGCCUAUCCAUCCCAAGAAGAGUCUCUCCGAUGUUGAGAGCAUUCCGUUUCGCAUUCACAAGACCUCUAGACAACUGUCACUGCUGUCUCCAGCGGUCACCAAUGUGCACGGCACCAAGUGGAUGGAGGAGUUGAAACUCAUGUGUGGUUCGGCUGAAUCAAUAUUGGCCAUGGGAGGUAAGGAGCUGCAACGGCCCGACAUUUUCAGAGGACCAGAACACCCCGUACCACAGAAGCUCCAUGAAGGCGACUUGUACCUGUGCGAGGAGUCUCUCAAUGCUAUGCAAGGUGCUUUGGGCGCAGUGUGCGAGGCCGUGGAUAUAGUGUUUGACUCUGGUCCUCGCAAAGCGUUCGUCGGCGUAAGACCCCCUGGCCACCAUUGUUCGGCUUCUCAUCCUUCUGGCUUCUGCUGGGUGAACAAUGUCCACGUGGGCAUCAUGCACGCUGCACUUCAACAUGGUCUCACUCACGCAGCCAUAAUCGAUUUUGAUCUUCAUCAUGGCGACGGCUCUCAAGCCAUUGCCUGGCAACACAACGCCCGCGCCAACGCUGCGAACAAGAGCCACGCCUCCUGGAAAAGAACGUCGAUAGGCUACUUCAGCAUACAUGACAUCAACUCUUAUCCUUGUGAGAUGGGGGACCAAGAGAAGGUCAAGAAUGCGAGUCUAUGCAUCGAUAAUGCCCAUGGCCAGACCAUCUGGAAUGUCCACCUGCAACCCUGGAAGACGGAGCAAGAGUUCUGGACUCUGUACGAGAGUACAUAUGUUAUUCUGUUGGAAAAGACACGAAAGUUCUUGAAAAACGAGGCAGCCAGGCUUCGUGCCUCAAACCAAGUCCCCAAAGCAGCCGUGUUUUUCUCCGCGGGCUUUGAUGCCAGCGAGUGGGAGAGCGCCGGAAUGCAACGCCACCAGGUGAACGUCCCGACUGCGUUCUAUGCCAGGCUUUCUCAAGAUGUUGCGAAGCUGGCGGACGAAGUGGGCCUGGCUGUAGACGGCCGAGUGAUUAGCGUUCUCGAAGGCGGAUAUAGCGAUCGCGCCUUGUGUUCAGGAAUAUUGAGCCACUUGAGCGGCCUGGUCGGUGGUAACCACGGGCAAAAUCCAACGAGGAUGGAGCAAGGACCAAGCGGUCUCGCCGACGAGAUGGGACGGAGGAUCGGAGCAAUCAACUUGAACGCGGACCCGGCAACGAAACCUCUGGCGUCCGUAUACGAUGCAGCAUGGUGGGCGAAGAAUGAACUGGACCUUCUCGAAGAACCAGAGGAGCCUCUGGCAGCACCCAAGAAACCACGCAACUCUACUCCUCCGACCUACUCAUCGCCAACCCACGCUUCUGCUGCUAGAGUUGCUGACCCCGCCAAGCUCAAGAGUAGCCUCUCCAUUUCGUCCGUCAGCUAUCCGAAAGUCCCCGAGAGGCCAGCGUCACCCCCACCUCCCGAAGUGCCCUGGCACGUAGCUGCCAAGGAACUGUGUAUGGCCCUGAUACCGUCAGACCGUCAGACAGGCAGUUGCACAGCCGAAGAUUUGAAUGCUGAAGCAUCACGAGCCCGGCGAGAUCGCCAGUCCCUGUUGCUCGGAAACCCACCCCCCACGCCAUCCGGGUCCGAUAAAUCAUCUGCGAGGAUGUCGUUGCGCGAACGUAAAUCGAGACCGAUCGGACCCAUUGGUGAGGAAGUUGGUGAGGUGCCGCCAAAGACAAGAAGAAGACCUACAAGCACGCCAAUGACCUCUCCAGUAAAGGUUGGGAGAAGUACUCCUCAGCCAGCUGGAGCCCAGUCGGCCAGAAGAUCUAGCCGUCGCCUGAGCGUGACGCCUACAAGUUUGUCCCCUCCCAGGGAAGAGCCACCUCCAGUCCCUCCUGUCCCAGCCACAGCGCCAGUUCCUAGCCGAACGACUGGCCGGCCAAACUCCAGGGCGGGCAGGACGCAGAGCAACAACAGGGUUCUGGUGAGGAAGACGCAAGCAUUGCCAUCCCGAACAGACCCUGCACCAGGAGAAGGGCGGAAUGCGACAAGGGCAAGCACUCCCACCAGAGGAGCGGGACAACCAGCCCUCGGGGCGGACACGCCGACGCCGGCGACGGGACUGCCGCUCAAGUCGGCCGGUGACGACGCCAGGAGCGAUGUUGACAGCUUGGCCAGCGGCGUCAAGAAGAUACGGAUCAACUUGAUCACAAAGGCACAAAGAGAUGAGAAGCAAAAGGCCAACUUGGAACCAGGCACGGGACAGGAUGGCCAACUUGGGCAGGACUCGAGUAUUGUGAAGUCUGGAGCACCACCCACACCCGAUGACAAGUCUCGUAUACCAAAACAGCCCCCAACCCAACUUGCAUUGACUCGUGGCGCCCCUGAGGCGCCAUCAACACCGUCGCUAGGCGGCGGAGGAGUUUCCACUCCGGUUGAAGGAAUCUCCGCGUCCAGUACAUCAUCGCCAACGCCGACGCCAUCUGCUCCUACAGAAAGUUCUCCCGACGUACUUCAUGUCACCGUCCAACCAGCUAGCGACGCCGGCGAUAUCUUCAUACCGUAUCAGCCGGAAGGCCCUGAGCCCGUCGCCAUGGGGCAACACGAGGACCUGACGUGGCUUCCAGUCACCACACCUCUGCCCAGCGCAGUGAAAACGAAAAGCAGCCUGUUCCACUACACCUCGGAGAUCCCGUUUGCGCCGCGGCCAGACACACAGCCACAAGGAGGGCCGAAAUCUGUGGACGCGCCACGCACAGGGCUUGACGAGUGA